CAAUCGUCUUCCUGUCCUUGCCUAUGUGCAGAAUCCGUCUCUAUUCCAUCACUUCUCCGGCGACCCACCCUUAUCCUUUACUUCUCCGGUGACCCCACCCCAAUCCCCCACUUCUCACCACAAAAUAAGUUGAUGAUAGUCUGAAAUAUCUCGAAAAGAAAUCAUAGAUAAUGGAUACUAGCAUAUGUGCACCUAAUUUGUUAUCUUCCUCGCGUACAUGCACCCAAUUCGCAGUAUAAGAGAGGGAUUCGGGGUGAGUUACUGGAGAAGAGAACGAUUAGGAGUGGGAUCACCGGAGAUGAGAGGGAUUGGAGGGGGGUCGCCGGUGAGAAAUUGGGCUGCUCUGGAUCCGUGAGAGAUGGGUUGACAGUGGAAAAGGGCAGUCGGAAGGUCAGAGCGAUGGAGGCGUGAAUGAAUCUGGGUGUUUGGUUGCUGGGUUGUAUGACAGAUGUUAGAAUACUAUUGGGCCAUGUAGGUGGUCAGUAAAAUUGUGAUACUGACUGUUCAGUACCUAAGUAUUGUCCAAAGAAAAAGGCCCAGUGAGUGUAGUCCCUAAAACCCCGAGCAAAUCUUCGCCGACACCAUCAUCGCUCCGUGUCCACUCACUAAGCCCGCCCGUCUCUAUUGAGUGAAAGCCGUUUCCUUCCCGCCGCCGGCUCAGACGGUCACAGUGUUAUAUCUCGGUUUCUCGCGGCUGAGUUGGCUGUUGUGUAGAGGUAAAGCGAGUGGAAGAGUUGUAAUGGAAGAACUUUUGGGGUACACGGAAGAAUCAAGAGAUAAUGAGGAGUUGGGUAUAUCAAAGUCGUCAUCAUCAUCACCUUACAGCUACAAAUUGGUGCCUUGGUUGAGUUGGGACGAGUGGCUCUUUGUCGAAAAAUCUCUUUUCUCUAAUUCACCUGAUUUUGUGGCUUCCGCUUUGAGAAGAAUAUCAACAUGGAGAAGCAGAGGCUGUCUUCCUAUUACGAUUGAAGUUACAGCAUCAAUUAUUGAAAUUCAACGAAAAGAUCCUCACUUUAGAAAGGACCUGUCAAAUGAUGCUUUAGAUAAUUCCAGAACAGAUCAAUCACUUGAUGCUUCACUUUCAGAGGAAAUGCUGGCCAUGUUAUAUUGUAUGGCAAUCAUGAGGCUUGUGAAUGGUGUGGUUGAGAAGACACGGAAAAAAACAGAGGUGUCAAUUGCUGUGGCUGCUGAUGCAAUUGGCAUUCCACGUACACUGAUUGAUGUUCGUCAUGAGGGAUCUCACCGUGAACUUCCUGCACUUGACGUUGUUCGUACUGCUUCAGUUAAGGCCCUUGAUUGGUUGAAGUGUUAUUACUGGGAGCCUCAGAAGAAGGAAAUUCCAUUUCAUGGUAAUGAAACUGAUAAUAUCAGAAUUGAAAUAAGGUCUAAAUUGCAUGAAUUGGCCUUCUCCUUAAGAGUUAAGACGACUCCUCAAUCCCAUUCUUCAAAUGUCAAGAAAAAGCGCGGUUUAAAAAAAGACCGUAAAAGGAUAUUGAAAAGUCUUAUUGGGCUGUAUUCUUCCUUCUCCUCAGAAGUUGUUUCUGUACUGUUGGAGUUCUUGUUGGAGGCUAUAAAUUCCUCAGACUCCUCGGAGCUUCCAGUAAACAUCCAAAGUGGCCCAAGACUACUUAUUUCGUUGAAUGAGUGGAAGCUUGUGAUAACAAAAUUUUCAAACAAGGAACCAGAGUUGCUUCUGGCUCUUCUGAAUGCAGUUCUUGAUAUGAUUGAGACUCGGGAAACAGUGAUAUAUGAGACGGGAGGAGGGAUUUCCACAUCAUCAGGCCGCAGGGCUGAGGUACUCCAAGUUGAACACCUUUCUUCUCUGUUUGCGUGGCUCGUUCAAAAUUUUGAAGGAUUAAAGCCUCGCCAUGAAAUGGACUCUGCAGCCGAAAUCAAAGUUUCUUCAGCAGAAAAAACUAUCUCAAAAGCAAUUCUGAUGGAACUCCUACGUAAAUGUCUUAUUGUAUCAGCUUCUGCUAAUAAAAAGCUCACGGAUUCUGCCGCCCAUCUUGCACAGCUGGCUGGGGACAGCUGCCUAGUGGGAAAACUGCACAAGCUCUCUUCGUUUGUUUCAUCAAAUUCAGAUGGUACUGAAGAAGAUACUGUUCAUAUAAAUUCAAAUAAUCAAUUUAAGAAGCAAGAAGAAUCUAUAAGUCAAGCAGCAGAGAAGCUAGAGCUGAUUAAACGUCGCAUAGUGAAGAGCAAAGUAGCGAAGAGGAUCGAUGCUGAUGUCGGAGACACUGACAGAUGGGUUCUGGCAAAAUCAUGGAACCCGUGUCCAAUUGGAAUGUUGCCUCGAGCUGUGGGGUCUUCUGGCCGCCUUCCUGUUCUGGACGUUAAUGUCCCGGAAAAGGUUCCUGAGUUACUAGGAAGAAAAGAGAAGUGGGAGUUGAACCAAUGCAGUGUCAAGAGACCUAGUUCCGAUAUGCAGCUCCUAGAUAACCCAUGUGUUAAGAAGAUGAGGGCGGCAGUGGAUGGUUCUGCGUCGGAAGGUGAGGAUGUUUCAUCCUGGGAAGAUGUCGACGGACAUCUCAUGAUAGGCGGGGUGUGGAAAAAAGUCGGGGAAGAAGAGCUGCUCGCCAUCAAGUCUGCUGUGAGGAUAUUAAUCUAGCCGCCGACGGCCGCCGACAUUUUUCAUCCGUGGACUAGAAGGGUAGAUUAAAUUUUGGAAAACUAAUGAAAAAAACUUUAAAACUUUGAGUUUUAACUAUAAGAACAAAAUAAAAGGUAAAGUGAAUAGUAUCAGAUUUGACUUUUUAAUGUAAAAAUAUGAUUUUUCGUUAAAAUGAACAGUACUGCAAGCUUUUCGUUAAAACUUUCAUUAAAUUUUGGAAGAGAACUGUGUUGGCUCGUAGGAUAAGCUUCAAAUCUGGGUUACAGUAGUUUUGGUUUAUAUUUUUCAGUGAUUUGUCUUUUGUAAUUUAAUUAAGAGGCUGUUGGAUGAUUAUUUAUCACUCUUAAUCUUAUGCUAUUCAAGUAACACUAA